UUACCUAGAGGUAUUUGAUGGUUUUCUUCCAGUCUUCUAGAGCUGAGCUUUAACAAGGCGCUUAUUCCUUUCAGCAAACGGGUUCUCGCGAGACUUGCUACUCUGCUUCCCCCACCCCCAGCCCAGCCUUGCGCCUGCGCAGAUCUCUUCAAACCAGAAGGUCGCGCUUGGAGGAAGUGGCGGCUUUAGGUCCCGUGGCCGUAGCGCCGUUACUACUUUUGUGAAGCUCCUCUCGGCCACUUGCCGAGACACCCCGCAGUCAAGAUGCCUCGAAUUAUGAUCAAGGGGGGCGUGUGGAGGAAUACCGAGGAUGAAAUUCUGAAAGCAGCGGUAAUGAAAUAUGGAAAAAACCAGUGGUCUAGGAUUGCCUCACUGUUGCAUAGAAAAUCAGCAAAGCAGUGCAAAGCCAGAUGGUACGAGUGGCUGGAUCCAAGCAUUAAGAAAACAGAAUGGUCCAGAGAAGAAGAAGAAAAACUCUUACACUUAGCUAAGUUGAUGCCAACUCAGUGGAGGACCAUUGCACCCAUCAUCGGAAGAACAGCUGCCCAGUGCUUGGAACAUUAUGAGUUUCUUUUGGAUAAAGCUGCACAGAGAGAUAAUGAAGAGGAAACAACAGAUGAUCCACGAAAACUUAAACCUGGAGAAAUAGAUCCAAAUCCAGAAACAAAACCAGCAAGGCCUGAUCCGAUUGAUAUGGAUGAGGAUGAACUUGAGAUGCUUUCUGAAGCUAGAGCCCGCCUGGCAAAUACUCAGGGAAAGAAAGCUAAGAGGAAAGCAAGAGAGAAACAAUUGGAAGAAGCAAGGCGUCUUGCAGCCCUCCAGAAGAGAAGAGAACUUCGAGCAGCUGGCAUAGAAAUUCAGAAGAAGAGAAAAAAGAAGAGAGGAGUUGAUUAUAAUGCUGAAAUUCCAUUUGAAAAAAAGCCUGCUCUUGGUUUUUACGAUACUUCUGAGGAAAACUACCAGGCUCUUGAUGCAGAUUUCAGAAAAUUAAGACAACAGGAUCUUGAUGGGGAACUAAGAUCUGAAAAAGAAGGAAGAGACAGAAAAAAAGACAAGCAACAUUUGAAAAGGAAAAAAGAAUCUGAUUUACCAUCAGCCAUUCUUCAGACUAGUGGUGUUUCUGAAUUUACCAAAAAGAGAAGCAAACUAGUACUUCCUGCCCCUCAGAUUUCAGAUGCAGAACUCCAGGAGGUUGUAAAAGUAGGCCAAGCAAGUGAAAUUGCACGUCAGACUGCUGAGGAAUCUGGCAUAACGAACUCUGCCUCCAGUACUCUCUUGUCCGAGUACAAUGUCACCAACAACAGCAUUGCUCUUAGAACACCUCGCACACCAGCUUCCCAGGAUAGAAUUCUGCAGGAAGCUCAGAAUCUCAUGGCUCUGACCAAUGUGGACACCCCAUUAAAAGGUGGACUUAACACGCCUUUGCACGAGAGUGACUUCUCAGGUGUGACGCCACAGCGGCAGGUUGUACAGACCCCAAACACAGUUCUUUCUACCCCAUUCAGGACUCCAUCUCAUGGAGCUGAAGGAUUGACUCCCCGCAGUGGGACGACUCCCAAACCAGUUAUUAACUCCACCCCUGGUAGAACGCCUCUUCGAGACAAGUUAAACAUUAAUCCUGAGGAUGGAAUGGCAGACUACAGUGACCCCUCUUAUGUGAAGCAGAUGGAAAGAGAAUCUCGAGAACAUCUCCGUUUAGGGUUGUUGGGCCUUCCAGCCCCUAAGAAUGACUUCGAAAUUGUGCUGCCAGAAAAUGCUGAGAAGGAGCUGGAAGACCGUGAAAUAGAUGAUACUUACAUUGAAGAUGCUGCCGAUGUGGAUGCACGCAAGCAGGCUAUACGAGAAGCAGAGCGUGUAAAGGAAAUGAAACGAAUGCACAAAGCUGUCCAGAAAGAUCUGCCAAGACCAUCAGAAGUAAAUGAAACCAUUCUAAGACCUCUAAAUGUAGAACCACCUCUAACAGAUUUACAAAAAAGUGAAGAACUAAUCAAAAAAGAAAUGAUCACAAUGCUUCAUUAUGACCUUCUACAUCACCCUUAUGAACCAUCUGGAAAUAAGAAAGGAAAAACUGUAGGAUUUGGUACUAAUAAUUCAGAACACAUUGCCUAUCUGGAACAUAACCCUUAUGAAAAAUUCUCCAAAGAAGAGCUGAAAAAGGCCCAGGACGUUCUGGUACAGGAGAUGGAAGUGGUCAAACAAGGUAUGAGCCAUGGAGAACUCUCAAGUGAAGCUUACAACCAGGUGUGGGAAGAAUGCUACAGUCAAGUUUUGUAUCUUCCUGGGCAGAGCCGCUAUACGCGGGCCAACCUAGCUAGCAAAAAGGACAGGAUUGAGUCACUUGAAAAGAGGCUCGAGAUAAACAGGGGUCACAUGACAACGGAAGCCAAGAGAGCUGCAAAGAUGGAGAAGAAGAUGAAAAUUUUGCUUGGGGGUUACCAGUCUCGUGCUAUGGGGCUCAUGAAACAGUUGAAUGACUUAUGGGACCAAAUUGAGCAGGCAUACUUGGAGUUACGCACUUUUGAAGAACUCAAGAAACAUGAAGAUUCUGCCAUUCCCCGGAGGCUAGAGUGUCUAAAGGAAGAUGUUCAGCGACAGCAGGAAAGAGAAAAAGAACUUCAGCAUAGAUAUGCUGACUUGCUGCUGGAGAAAGAGACUUUAAAGUCCAAAUUCUGAACAUAGUUUAUAUUCUGUUACAAGAAGAAUUAAUUACUGGUUUUCAUACUCUGGAAGGCUGAAACUGAUGAUUAUCUUCAUUGACAAAUUUGCCCACAAUCUGUGGCUUUUCAGUUGUUUAUUUUAAAUGAUAUCGAUCUUACACAGUCUAUGUAUAAAGACUUUAACUCCACAGGACAUUUUAGGGUUUAAAUUAUUAAGAUGAUCAUUCUUUUAGCAGUGUCAUAUUUGCAAAAUUUUUUUAGUUUGGCCUUUAAUUUUAAAAGCCUGAUUUUAAGUACUGCCUGUGAGUAAACUCUUGAAUAAAAACAAAAUAUAAAAAAUUGAGAGUGUAGCCUUUUGUUUGAAGUAAUUAGAUACUUAAAGUGCCCACAAACCAGCAAGUAUGUACUCUGUGUCAUAUUUAAUGAGUAACUCUUGGGUAAUCAAAAUGGUGAUCCAGUAUCUUAAUUCCUUAAGAGGAGUCCUUUUGUGGCUUUGUUUUAGCAAAGAGUACUGUUUCUCAGUACACUGACAAGAUAGAUUAACAUUUUAACACCUUAGGGUUUUUUUUUUUUUUUUCCUCAGUUUAACUUUAGGGAAGAUGUCUUCUCUGCUCAGCUACUCACACAAUUUAUGGAUUAGGACUCAAAAGAUUAAAUUUUUAUCGACCUGUCCUUUUCUUGUAAAUGUCUUUUUGACAAAGGCAUGUUAAAGAUUAAUUUUAAUAAGGCUGUUGAACUUUAGUAAAGCUUUGUGCUUAUCUUAGCAAGUUCAUUACACAAGUCUAGAAUUUGGGGAAUGGGUAGGAAUGGGAAGACCUGACUUUAUAAUUCACAUGAAAUCUUUUGGGACAGUUAUUAGUUGGCUACAGUAUGUUGGACUUACCUGGGAAGUUUCCCAAUCUUAAGAAUCCUAGGGACUAAAAGGAGGGAAGGAGGGAUUCAUUCAUGAAGUCAUCAGAUAUUUAUUAACUAUAUACCCAGUGUCAGAGUCGUGGAGAUAGAACAUUGAAUAACGUAGGCAUGACUCCUGCUUUGAGGUGUUUACAGUCUGUUGGGAAUUUUAAAAAAGUGACCAAGGUUUGCAUAAUUUCAGAACUGGCAGUCUCGGUGCAUUGUAGACAGACGGUGAAUGCUUUUGCCAUAUAGCAGUGCAGGUUUAACUGGCAGAUAGCUCUGCAUCAUCUUUGUUAGUAUCCUGGAAAGCCCAGGGUUCUCUACCAACAGGACUCCUAGAGCGAUUCUGGUAACUGUUUUCACGUUUACAUUUAUCGAAUUCUCUUACAAGCAUUCAUUAAGUGAUUGUGUUAAAAGUAGUGUUGGAAAGCAUGUUUAAGUCUCAGUAACUUUGGGACAGAAAUUAAUUACGAUAAAGAGCCAAAAAAACCCCACCAGCAUGAGUGAGAUCUCUUUGAAAUAUUAGAAAUAACACUGAGAUAAGAAAAUGCAGUCUCCAAAGAAAAAAAAUACCUAACAGCAGGUUACGCUGUCCAACCAUUUUAUCCUCCCUAUUUUCAAAUCUACUUUUCUGGGAAAAUUAGUUGUGAAGUAUGAUGUCCUACUGUACAUUUCUCCUAAAAUGUGACUGCCCUAUUGGCCCUGUAGAAUUUGAUUUGCUAAUAGAUUAUUUAGGAAAAUUGCAUUUUUACUAAGUGAGUUUAGUCUCUUGGGCUGUUGGCCUUUUUUUUUUUUAAAAGUAGGCUCCACAUCUGGAUCUAGAGUGGAGCCCAAACACAGGGCUGGACUCACAACCCCUGAGGUCAAGACCUGAGCUGAGAUCAAGAGUGGUGUGCUCACCCAACCGAGUCACCUAGGUGUCCGAGUCCAAUUUUUGACAUGGGGAUUUUGCUACCUGUGUAAGACGAAUAGGAUAACUACGUAUAUUUUUCUUUGCAUCAAGCAGUUAUGUUACUGGAGUGAUUUGUUCCAUUGAAGAUUGAAGGAUUGCGCUUAAGAAACUUCUGAUCUGGGAGCCUUUUUGGGAAGUAAUUUCUUGCUAACAGUUUCUUCUGUGACUAUGUUACCUCUUUUUAAAUGGAAGUAUCUUUAAAUUUGAUUUUAAAAUUUUGUUUUAAAAAAUUUUGUUUUAAAAUGUAUUUCUCCUUUUGUAUUUGUUAUUUGCUAAAUUUAAGUAAUUUAUACUUUUCCAGAAAACUUAAUUUGGUUGGAAUUUAAGACAUUUAUUUGCAGAGGAUUUUAAUAGAGAGUAAAAAAUCUCUUAUAUUAAGUCUGUUACUUGUAAGUUAAAGAAAUUGACCUUAGUUUUACCAUUUCCUAUUUUUUUUUUCCUUGAUUUGACUUGCUAAAGGUAAUCUUUUUUCCCUUCAGAAAAAACCCUGAUGUUUGGAUUUAUCACUUGUCAUUUAAAAUAUAUUAAUUUUUCAUUUUAUGUGUA